UGGACCCAGUGUGCAGGCCUGGGGCUGUGAGUCCUGCCCUCCCGGUCCCGCUUAACCGGGUCACAGCGAGUGUCGGGCUGGGUUCUGAGGACGCAGGAGGGAGAGUGGCCGGGGCCGGGAGUGGAGGGCUGCUCGGGGCGCGACUGCCCUGCGGCCCGGUUUGCCGGUGCGGCCCUCCUCGGCCCCGCUGAGCUGUGCGCUUACUUAGAAAUCGCCUAGAUGGGAAAUUUUCUACGGCGUGGCUUUUACCACAGUGAAAAAGGGCCUCAGCCUCUCCCCAGGCGUCUCCGGGACCCAGCUGGGUCCAACACCUGGGGCAGGGAGGCCAACGCUAGGACCGAGCCGGGUACCAAACAGGACUCAGCGGGUCGCGAGGAUGGACGCUGGGAAACUGCGACCGAGUGAGAUCUAUCCUGCGCAGGCGCCGUCGCCUGGUUACCUAGGACGCGGUUGCCUGGAGACGCAAGACUCCGUUGCCUGGAAACAGCGGGGCGCCUUGCACUGAGACGCUGAAGGUCGGAGCAGAGACCCGCGCUCGGACCAUGGCAGCGCGCCAGAAGGACAAAGUGGCCCGGGACGAGGUUCACCAGAACCAGAUCUUGCGGGAACUGUACCUCAAAGAGCUCCGCACUCAGAAGCUGUACACGCAGUACCACGUGAGCCCCCUGCGCAAGGUUCACACCAUCACCAGAAAGCCCAUGUCUUGGCAUGAUAACCUGGAGGAACCUGCAGAUGCCAGGUUUCUGAAUCUCAUCCACCACGCCGCUCAGGGACCAAGGAAGAAAUAUUCCGAGACCCAGACGGAAAGCCAGGAGAUCGGAUGGGACUCAGAGCCCUUGGUCAGCCCAGACCGCCAAGACCGCAGGCUGAACCACUUCCGGGUGUACAAUGACAUCACUCUGUACAAGGCUAAGAUGUGGAGCUUGGGAGAAGAGGAUCACCGCAAGUAGGGUCCCAGCCACUCAUCCUGGAAACCCCAAGGGCGCACUGUCCAGGGAAAUGAAUGUUUCUUUUGUUAAACAAUAAAAUUAUAACACUUGUUAUUUUA